AUGGGACAUAGUCAGCAAGUGACAGAUAUAUACGCAGGUCAAAGUGUACUGGUCACUGGUGCAAGUGGCUUUCUUGGUAAGGUCCUCAUCGAAAAAUUAUUAUAUUCAGUAAACUCAUUAAAAAAUAUAUAUCUGUUAAUUCGUCCGAAAAAUGGUCUUGGCCCAAAACAACGGAUGGACACAAUUGUUCAGGGUCCAUUGUUCGACCGACUGCGUCGGUCUAAUCCUGGAAUAUUCGCAAAAUUGAUACCAAUUGGUGGUGACAUUAUGGAAGAAGGUUUGGGCCUCAAUCAACUGGAUAUGCAAACUAUUUGUGAUGAAGUUUCUAUCGUAUUCCACUGUGCGGCAACCGUGAAGUUUGAUGAAGCCUUACGAAUAUCUGUAGAAAUGAAUGUUCUGGGGACACAGCGACUUGUCGCUCUUUGUCAUAUGAUUAAAAAUUUACUUGUACUGGUUCAUGUCAGUACAGCAUAUGCAAACUGUGACAAAUCAAAGAUAUUAGAGAUAAUUUAUCCCCCUCCUGUGCCACCAAAUAAACUUUUCGAGGCUAUCGACUGGAUGGAUGAUGUGGUAAUUGAUGCUAUUACGCCACAUUUGCUUGGUAAAAGGCCGAACACGUACACUCUAACAAAAGCUCUUGCUGAAGUGCAGCUGAUGGAAGAUGCAAGGCGGUUACCGGUAAUUAUUGUGAGACCGUCAAUAAUAGGAGCCAUGUGGCGAGAUCCCCUUCCUGGUUGGACAGAUAAUUACAAUGGACCAACAGGAAUUUUUGCUGCUUGCGGCAAAGGUGUACUGACAAACAUGUGUGGUAGCAGCUCAGCGAAAGCGGACAUAAUACCAGUCGAUAUUGUUUCGAACUUGAUGAUCGUUGCUGCAGCCCACAGAACUUACACCGAGUAUGAAUCGAUACCGGUAAUACACUGCUGCUCAGGAGCUUUAAAUCCCAUUCAGUGGGAUUUUAUUGUUAAUUUCAUCGAGCACUUUUUUCGCACUUAUCCGCUGAACGAAUGCUAUCGCAUUCCAUCAACUCAUUUUCAUUCCUCUAGAUUUCUGUUCGAAUUCAAUUUUUAUCUGAAGCACAUGGGCCCCGCUUAUCUUAUCGAUCUUCUGAAUACGUUCUGGGGUCCAAAAAUAAGAUUUACUCGUGUCUACCAGAAAGUUUUGAGACUAGUUGAAACGCUUCAUUAUUUUACAACUCGAGGUUGGGAUUUUGAUUCCAAAAGUCUCAUCGAAUUGUGGGAAACAACUUCAGAAGAGGAUAAAAAAAUAUUCAAUUUUGAUAUACGACAGUUAGAUUGGAAUUCGUACCUGUUCGAUUACCUUAUGGGCGUUAAACGAUAUGUGGUUAAAGAUAGAUUGGAAGAACUUCCAAAAGCAAGACGAAAUCUUUCUUGGCUGAAGAUAUAUGCUGCAGUUUUCAACGCUUUAAUUUGGUGGAUUUCUGUACGUAUAUUUGCAAGACAGCGUUCUAGAAGAUACCGUUGGUUUAGUGGAAGUAUUGGGUUUUUGUUGACAUACAUUUGGUCAAAUUACAAUUUUCGCCCACCAGUUCGUUUGAAAAGCCUUGAAGAAUACAAGCAAAGAGCAACUUUUUAA